AUGGAAGACCUGAGGGAGCAAAAAGCAGAAGGUUGGCUAUUUAUUGAAGAUGCCGAGGAUAUAAUCCAUACAUAUGAGAAAGAAAGUGAAGAAACAUCCUGGCUGCCUGAGGCAGCCAACAAUGCUUCUUUCAACCGAACCACAAUUGAUAUCCUGAUCUUCCACCUUCGUCAUAUCCACCAGAGUCAGGGUCAGCCAACAUGGCGGGCCAACGCCCUCGACCCCGGAUUACUUGGUGGAUGCGCCUGCGCCGCUUCAUUUGUUAUUUCGAGAGCCCUCUCCGACUCCGCACCAGCCUCAACCGUCUACGCCACCACAACCCACACCCCUUUCUCGCUCUCCUGCGCCUCUUCAUCCCCUUCCCAACAUGGCAUUUCUCAGUCCCAGAUCCAGAGCCCAUCUGCACACAACAUUUCCCUGCUCGAGGAACGGUUCGCAGCACAGGACCUCACUAACAUGCGCUGUAUCCCGAUCUGGCGCGCCAUGGACACCCCGCUUCGAUGUCUCUACCGCAUCUACGAGGCGAUGGCCGCACGGGAAACAUAUGCCAUCAGUCCCGAGGUAGAAUACUUUGGGUAUCAGUCCCGCCGGCGAUGGUCCCUGGACCGCAUCCCUGACCCGUGUGAUCCCGAUCCCGUUCGGUACGCCAUUCUGGCGUCCAUCACAGAAGAACUCGCCAAGGGGUUCAACUGGCGGUUAAGUCUGGGCAUGCGCCGUGUUAAAAGCCAGCAUAUCUACCGCAAGUAUUUUGACGAGGAGCUUCCACCCUUUACUCCGGUGGGUGUAGAUAUGAUCACCGAUCUGCCGAGUGAUUUCUUGGAUUCUUCGGGCAGACUGGUUCUGGAAGAGGGAGGUGACACGCCGACCUUUGCAGCGAGGAAUAUUAUGACCGGAACUCGCGACUUUUAUACGGUAUAG